AUGGAUAAUAGCUACUCAGCACUUAAAUUCCGCAGCUUGUCCCCAGCAGCUCCUAUUUCAAAAACCAAGACCAGCAGAUUCCCAAAACUCGGCCUACAGAAAACAAUGGAAAAAAAUUUGACCAAUCGCCUGUCUCUUUUCUCUAAAAAAUCCUCCUCCAAAGCUCCUCUCAGUGCUCUGACAGCUUCUUCCAUAGAGAAAAUUCGAAAUUCUGAAGAAAUGGCUUAUCAGCGAAAUAUUCAUAAGCCACGUAUAACUGCUCAAUCAUGAAUAGUCCUUGACGGUAAAAAAGGGAAACUUCUUGAUGGAAAAGACUUCGAAAACCAAAGAGAAAUUGCAAGUUUGACGAAAAUUAUGACCUGCUAUGUGGCUGUUGAAGAAAUAAAUAGUAGAGGGAAAAGCUUUGAGGAAUAUGCGACUAUUUCAAAAGAAGCUGCUGCGAUGACAGGGACUUCAGCAUCCUUGCAGGUUGGUGAUGAAAUUAAAUUGUGGGACCUUUUGCAUGGAUUAAUGCUUCCUUCAGGUAAUGACGCAGCUAUUGUGAUUGCUGAGCAUAUAGGAAGAAUUAUUGACCCUUUAAGUAUCAAUCCAAUACAAAGUUUUACUAAAAAAAUGAAUGAAACUUGUAAAGCGCUGAAACUGAAUUCUACAUAUUUUAUGCUAUAAUAUUGUUUUUAUCAAGAAAAAAAUUCUAUAUUAUUUAAAAAAUCUGUAUAAAGCAGGCUAAAUUUCGCAAUAAAAAAUUUUUAUUUAAUUUUUAAAUAAUACGAAUCCUCAUGGAUUAUCAAAUUCUUUAAAUAUUUCGACUGCAAAAAAUAUUGCAAUACUAUCAUAUAGUGUUAUGAAAGUCAGAGAAAUAAAAAAAAUUGUACAAACAGAAAGCUAUAGAUGUAUAGUGAAAAAUGGGGGAAAUGAUAGAGAAAUUGUGUGGCUUAAUACAAAUAGGUUGCUGAAAUUCGGGUUUUCAGGAAUAAAAACUGGGUAUACGCCUGGUGCUGGGCCUUGCUUGUGCUGCUAUGUAGAAAAAAGAAAGACAAAAAGAAUAAUUGUGCUGUUGAACUCCGUUUCUAUGGAAAGUAGAUGGAGUGAAGGGUUGGGAUUGUGGAGAUGGAGCAGCAAGUAUUUUUAA